AUGCGAAAGCAUUUGGAUACCCGACCCUUGUUGUUUGCUGCUGGCAAGGUCUCUGUCGUCAUCCACUUGCGCCGAUCCGACCUGGAACGUGGCGAUACGCGUGCCACACCAGACGAGUACUACUACCGUUUGGCCAAGGAAAUUGGUCAGAUCUUACCUGCCGAGCUCUUGGAUUUUCAUGUGUGGAGCUCCACCAAGAAUAUCCCGGCAUAUGACUAUCACUACUGGACAUCGAAGGAUUACGAUGGCUAUCGGGAGCGUGGCAUGACAGUGCACUUGGAUGAACAGAUUGACAACAAUGAUGAUAUGAUCAAAGCGUGGACGCACAUGGCGAGAGCAGAUAUUUUCAUCAUGUCGCAAAGCUCAUUUUCCAUGGUGCCUGCAUACAUGAACACCAACUGUGUGAUAUACCCCUCCAAUAUCGAUGCACCACUGGAGAACUGGAUCAAUGGAAGAAACGAGGCUCGAGAAAGUUACAAGCAAGAGCUUGAAGCAUGUGUGGGCCGUGCCCAGAAGCAUGCGGGUGUGGCAGCUACCACAGGCUCGGCCGGUGUUGAGAACGAGAAGGUUCCUCAGGUUCGAGAGAAGACCGAGAUGGAAAGCAAGACAUGCAACCUCAAGGUGUGCAACUUGCACGAAGCACAAGUGCCCAGACUGUACAUUCUGGAGCACACGGAUGGCGCUGGUCAUCGUAUGAAGUCCAUCUUGGAAGCCAUUGCCAUCGCCUGGCGGAACACGCUCAACUUCGGUGGUGUGGUCGGUCAACUGCAGCCCCUCACGGAUCAACACAUCAACUUCCGCGUCAUCGUCGACGCCCUCUUCGGCCCGGACGCCUCCCGAGACUUCUUCCUUUACAACAUCAGCUCUCGGCCUAACUUCGCGAUGGAGUUCGAGAACGUGCGGAAGCUCGAAGCAGGCGCCAAGCAGCUCCCUGCUGGAGCGUUGGUCUACUGCAGCGCAGUGAAUGAAUGGACCGGACCUCAGUUCCAACACACAAGGCCGGAACUGAAAGGACCCAGCCACGUUCAACACCAUGAACACAUCCAACUUGGAUGUCUUGUUUUGUCCUGGUUUGGCCCAAACUCGCGAAACUCGCAUGUCCCAUGUGAGUCGCCUUCGAGUUGCGUACAUGGUGUAACAUUGUGA